AUGUCGCAACAAUCAACUUUUAAUACUUUAAAGCCCGUUUAUAAUUUGAUUGAAUUAGGAUUAGAUGACUAUGAAGAAAAUGAACUAGUUCUUAAUACUAUUCAUGAUAUAUAUAUAUUUUUUCAAAAUUCUAAUAAUUGCACUUGCCGUCGAACUCCAAAACAAAGAGAUCUUAGAACUUGUUUUGAAAAAGUAGGAUUUAAACGUUUUUUUGAAAGACAUUUUGAAUUAAAAGCUUUAGAAGAACAUGAACUUGAACUUUUUAUAAAAUCACAAUUAAUGUCAUUUGAACUUACUGAUGAAAAAUCAGAUACUAAAAUUUUAAAAAAACGUACAUAUAAGUAUAAUUAUAAUAGCUCCUUGUCUCUUU